AUCUUGAAUCUCCUUGUUCUUUUAACAAAAGCCAUUCAAACAACAAAGGCAACUCUUGUUUCCACAUCUCUCUCUCUCUCUCUCUCACACACACAUAAUUCUCAUCUCAGAAAGUACAAACAAUCCAACUUUGUAGCCUUUUCUUGUUUCUUUCUUUAACCUCAUCUUCUAAUCAAGAAAGUUAAAGAUGAUCCAAGAACUAUUUGGUGCAAGUGCUGCUGGACUUCUAAAUCAAGACAUAAAUCUUCCCAUUUCUACACCCAUUGAAGCCUCACACUCACUUUCACCCUCACCCUCUUCUUCCACUACCACCGCCACCACCACCACCACCACCACAACCACCGCACCCAUCCCCACCCCCACCACCUCCGACCACCAGAAGCUAAGAUGUCCACGGUGUGACUCCUCCCACACAAAGUUUUGCUACUACAACAACUACAACCUCACUCAACCUCGCCACUUCUGCAAGACUUGCAGGCGUUACUGGACCAAAGGUGGGGCCCUCCGCAAUGUCCCCAUCGGCGGUGGCUGCCGGAAAAAUAAAGGAACCACCAUAGCAACCACCGUAGGAAAACCUAUCUCCACCUCCGGAAAACUGAAAUCUGUAGUGUCAUCUGAGCUUGGAAAGUCUAGUUUCAUGCAUGGAUUUGAACUUGAUCAAUCCAGUCACAAUAACCCAAUAAUAUGGUCUGGUCCACCACAAACAUCUCAUCUACUUUCAUUAUUCAGAGCUACACAAAACCCUAACCCUAAUUUCACAUCAAACUCACUAACCCACAUGAAAGAUCACAACUUUAUGGGUGGAUCACACAUGGGUAGUCUAGGGUUUGAAUCUUUAUGCAGUUCUUUGUGGAGAAAUAAUCAACAAGAUCAUCAAAACCAACAUCAAGAUCAAGAUCAAGGGAUCAUGACCAAUGGUCAUGAUCAAGCUGUUAAUCAAAACCAACGGUUGAGAUCAUCUACAGCAAACUACUACCAUCAUGAUGAAACUGUACCUUUGAUCUUGGGUAGUAAUGUGGCCAGCCUGACAUCAGCAUCAACAUCUAGUUCAACUAUUUUGGAUUCUGCUCCAGUUCUUGCAGGUGGUGAUUUAGGGUUUUGGAACCAAACCCUACCAUGGUCUGAUCUAGCAGCAGCUAAUGGUGCUUAUCAUUAAAUCAAGAAUCUUUCAUUUCUUUUUGUUUUGUUAAUUUCUUAAUUAUUCAUGUUUAAGAGGUUAAAAUAUAGCUAGGGUUUGUGGUUAACUUUAAUUCUGGUGAUUUGGGUGUGGUAUAUGAAUAUGGUUUGUUAAUAUUA